AACACAGUCACAGACACCAUUUUUGUCAUAUUCAAACUUCAUAACAUCAACACCAUCAUCAUAUGUAAUGGCUCUAACAGCAAGAGCUCAUUUUCUUGUUCUUUUCUUGAUCGGAUUCAUCGCUUUGUCGGUCGAAGCCGCGGUUAAGAAAUAUGAGUUUAAUGUUGAAGUGAAAAAUGUAAGUAGAUUGUGUCACGCUAAGCCCAUUGUUACAGUAAAUGGAAGGUUUCCAGGGCCAACUAUCUACGUUAGAGAAGGAGAUAGGGUUCUCGUGAAUGUCACCAACAACGCUCACUAUAACAUGUCCAUUCAUUGGCAUGGACUAAAGCAGUUUAGAAACGGAUGGGCAGAUGGACCGGCUUAUAUAACCCAAUGUCCAAUCCAGACAGGCCAUACUUAUACUUAUGACUUUAAUGUGACAGACCAACGAGGAACAUUAUGGUGGCAUGCUCAUAUUUUUUGGCUAAGAGCUACUGUUUAUGGUGCCAUUGUUAUUAUGCCUAAAUUAGCCACUCCAUUUCCUUUUCCUCAGCCCUACAAAGAAGAACUCAUCAUCUUAGGGGAAUGGUGGAACACUGAUGUGGAACAACUUGUCAAGCAAGGCAAUAGUUUAGGAUUGCCUCCCAAUUCGUCGGAUGCUCAUACCAUUAAUGGCAAGCCUGGUCCCCUCUUCCCUUGCUCCGAGAAACACACAUUUGCUAUGGAAGUUGAACAAGGAAAAACCUACCUCUUAAGGGUCAUCAACGCAGCACUCAACGACGAGCUCUUCUUCGCAAUCGCCGGCCACAAUCUAACCGUAGUCGAAAUCGACGCCGUCUACACCAAACCCUUCACGACUCCAUCAAUUCUAAUCGCACCAGGCCAAACCACAAACCUUCUAGUCCAAGCAACCCAACCCCCCAACAGAUAUUUCAUGGCCGCAAGGCCAUUCAUGGACGUACCACUCACCGUAGACAACAAAACCGCCACCGCAAUACUCCAAUACAAAGGCGUACCAACCACCGUAGUCCCUCUCCUCCCUCAACUUCCGGCACCGAACGACACCGGAGUCGCACUUGCCUAUAACUCCAAGCUGAAAAGCUUGAACACGCCUCAGUUUCCUGCCAAUGUGCCGCUUAAAGUUGACAGGCAUCUGUUUUACACCAUUGGGUUAGGGAUAAACUCGUGUCCGAGUUGCUUAAACGGAACCAAACUCACUGCUUCGUUGAAUAAUAUAAGCUUUGUUAUGCCUAAGAUUGGUUUGCUUCAAGCUCAUUACUUCAAUAUCAAUGGAGUUUUUACUACGGAUUUCCCUGAUAAUCCUCCGACACCGUUUAAUUAUACGGGUGCACCUCUUACGGCGAAUCUUGGGACGAAAUUAGGAACCAGGCUGAGUAAAAUUGCGUAUAAUUCUACAGUGGAGUUAGUGUUACAGGAUACGAAUCUGUUAACUGUUGAAUCGCAUCCUUUUCAUUUGCAUGGUUAUAAUUUCUUUGUGGUUGGUACUGGAAUUGGAAACUUUGAUCGGAAUAAAGAUUCUGCGAAAUUUAACUUGGUUGAUCCUCCUGAAAGAAAUACUGUUGGUGUUCCUACUGGUGGAUGGACUGCCAUUAGGUUCAGAGCAAAUAAUCCAGGAGUGUGGUUCAUGCACUGUCAUUUGGAGCUGCAUACAGGUUGGGGUCUGAAAACAGCAUUUGUUGUUGAGAAUGGAAAAGGACCAGACCAAUCUAUUUUGCCUCCACCCAAGGAUCUUCCUACUUGUUAACAGUUCUGAUACCAAACAGAAAAUACAGAAUUUGGAUUUCUUAAAGAAUUUUUUACCAAUUUGUUUGCUCUUUCAGGCAUCAAUUUCUUGAAAAAGUGUGCAGAAAUUAGAUUGGAGGCUGAUGUCUAUCAAACAGAAGAAAACAACUAAACAUUUGAUCAAUUGUAAUAUUGUAUAAUUCUUCAACUUAUUCAAUAAAUUUGUUGGCCAGCAAUGGCAACAUGUCAUUA